AUGGAUUAUCGGAGACUCACCACACAGGAUCAGGCGCACCUUGGACUUCCUCUUAAUGGGCCUGGACGUUUUUUAGCUCUUUACACCCUUAUUCCAGGUUGCACCCCUCCAGAGAUUAGGAGGUUUUUGGUUCCUAAAACAAGUAUUGAGAAUGUGAAUGCUGUACAACCGGAAGCCAAAGUAGAAGAAACACAACCUAAUGUGGAAAAUGAGUUUAAUCCAAAUGAGAUUGUGCGUGAUCCAGGAUGUAGAAAACAAAUUCAUAUGUAUGCUUCGGAUAUUCAAAACCAAGUGAGGAGACCAUAUAUAUUAAAGGGUCCAACGCAACCAGAUUUAGCAAUAUUUCCUCGUACUCAAUUUGGGAAGUAUUCAAGAGCAUUUUGUAAAGCAUGGUAUAAGAAUUAUAGAUGGAUUGAAUACAGUGAGCCGAAGAAUGCAACUUAUUGUUUCUAUAUUUUUCUCUUUAAGUCGUCCGAGAGGGCCGAACACUUUGGUUAUGAAGUCUUCAACAAAGACUAA